AUGAUUGGUUUAACCGAGGCCUACGAUAUCAAGUUCAGUUCGUUACCCUGGUUUCUAGGUCAAUUUCUACAAAUCCGGUGUAUUUGCUUAAAACAUGGAGGAUCUCCCAACUAUACCAAAGAAGUAGUAUCACUGCUAAGUUCAUCCACUUCGACCCACCAAAAAAUUGUUGGGGGCGAUGAAGCCGCUCUUCAUGGUUUCCCGUAUCAGGUAGCAAUAUUCAUCCAAGUUCCACAAGGAACAGGUUUCUGCGGAGGUUCCCUUAUCUCCGACAAGCACAUUCUUACAGCUGCGCACUGCGUUUCUAGCGCUUCCUCAGCUCUAGUUAUGCUAGGAGCACACAACAUCAAAGCUGAAGAAUCUCAUCGCCAAGAAUUCAACACCACCAGCUUUGCUGUCCACGAACAGUGGUUCCCCCUAUUUAUUUUGAACGAUAUUGCGAUCAUCAAAAUUAAUGAAGCUAUUCAAGUUGAUGGUGUAGCUGUUAAAAUCCUUGCGUUGGCUCCUGCAACCGAAGACGCCGUUCUAACUGGCCUACAAGCCACAGUUUCCGGAUGGGGAAAAGACUCAGAUUCUGCUCAAGGCGUUAGCAGUGUUCUUCGUUACGUAAACUCAACCAUUAUAGAAAACAGUAUCUGCAAAAUUUUCUAUUUCGGUAACAUUCGCGAUGAGCACAUCUGCAUGAAUGGAUGGGAAGGUAAAUCAUCUUGCCAGGGCGAUUCCGGCGGCCCACUUGUAAUGACCAGGGAUGGUGUGCUCACUCAAUACGGAGUCGUAUCUUUUGGUAUAAUAUUUGGUUGCGAAAAGGGAUGGCCAUCUGUAUACACAAGCGUUCCCAAAUACAGAAGCUGGAUUGAUGGAAAAUUGGCAUCUUUUUAA